AAAAACAAACUUUAAUAAUGAAAACAUCAUCAUUGGAAGAUUAGAAACAAUGUUGUGUUGUUAUCAAGCACAAGCUUAGUGAGUAAAAUUAUGACUAAGAAACUAUAAAAAUGUGACUAAAGAGAAAAGUAAAAAGUGAUUAUGAGCUAUUAUAUUAUAAUUUUGCAUUUAAAGUAGGCCUACUUAUAUUAAAAUAAUAAAAAACUUCUCCAGAAAAGUAAAGCAAGAACAAAUUAAGAUACGACUCAAGAAUAAAGAGUAGCCGCUGGUGAACGGUGUAUUAUAAAUUUCCACUUGCAUUAGGCCUAUACAAACUUCUAUAGUAAAGAAAAAUUACAUUGUGAUAAAAAUGUGGUGUUAAAAAUCAGGGUUGUACUUAGAAAAAAUGGAGACAUGUCACAUCUAGCCAUCAUCUGGGCCUACUAUGCCCUCAGAUGUGAUUUAGAAUGGUAGCUGUCUCCAUCCCAAACCUUGCAAAAGACUGUAGACUCAGAGUGGUAACUGUCUCCAUCCUAAUCCUUGCAAGGGCUGUGAAUCUAGAGCAGAAAUGAAAGAAAAACUGUUUAGAAAACUGUAUAAAAACUGUAUUACCCAGGACAGCAUGGAAAGAAAAGUCAUACUUGAUACAUGGUCAUAAACAAACAGAAACAAUAACAAAACGGACACUUUAUCACUACGUAUACCAACCUCACUUUCGAAGAGUCAAUCCUAGCCUAGUACUAGGUCGAGUUUUAGUACCAGGAUGGAAGAGGACGACCAUCCUCCGAAGGUUUUCAUUCCUCCUGAAACCCUGGGCAGGAAUGGAUCCAUCAAAUGGCUGAAUUUAUCUAUGUACACGAGGAGGGAAGCUUCUAUUACUAAUGAACACAGAGUUAAGGUCCUGAGAGGAUGGCGACAGAAGUAUGAGUUCCUUCUGGGGAUCGUGAAGGAGCCAGGACGCCUUCUGCCAGAGUCCCUAGAGAAGGAACUACAGAUGGUAGAGGCCAAGAGGCAUGGCUACGCAAUCGAGCGAGCACUCGUGCAGGCCAACAUAGAUACUUGGGAAAACAUGGGGGGAAGCAAGACCACCAAGAGGAUGAAGGAUGUCAGCCGGCCAGAGAGCAUUCGGUCUCUCUACGAGCAGGUGGCCAAUCUGGACUGUAUGCUGACAUCGCUCGAGACCCAGAUCGAGGUUCUAGCCUCCGUUCAUAACAACUUGCCCAAGGAGUUUCAUGACACCUUCCAUGACUCCGGCACCAGCGGCCAUGAGCCGGACAGCCUGGAAGCGAUCCAGACGGUGGUGAGAGGAGGUGGGGGCGGAGGCGGAGGAGGAGGAGGAGGCGUAGACGGCAUCGUCGAAGGGCGCCCGUCUCCCUCCUCGUCUCCCGAAGCAGACAUCGACGAAGACGGCGACAAUGGCGUUGGAGUUGUUGGAGGAAGUGUUGGGGGGAUGAUGCGUCCCGAAGACGCUGCCGUUCUCCUCCACCUGGAGCGCUCCAGCCACCGACAGACGAGAAGGGACUUGAACGAGAUGAGGGACAAGUACGAGAAUCUCCAGAUGCGCCUCGCUGAGAAGGACCUCAAGUUUCAUGUCAAGACCGUCGGCAGUGACUUGGAGAGCCUUCACAUCGAGCAUGAGACGACGCUCACUUCUUUGGAGUCUCUGAAUUCCGUGGCCUCUUCAGACAGACUCGUGGAUGAGCUCAAGUUCCGAGAGAUGACCAACUGUCAGCUGAGGACCCGCCUUCUGCAGCUGGAGAAGGACCGACUCGACAAGAUUCCCAUCGACGCAGCCAGAGAAAUUCAUCGCCUCAACGCUUCUCUGAUUCAGCUGGAAAAACAAAGAGACGAACUAACCCUGCAGAACUUCACCCUGAAAUCUCGCCUAUCAGACGUCACCUCCAAAAUCCACGACCCAGCCGCCACCUACCAGGUCAACAGGGAAUCAUCUCUGGGAGGCAAAGAAAACGGGAUCAUCCAAAAUGGCAAACUUGACAAUGGGAAACUGACCAAAAACGUCGACGCCGACCCGGACGUCGUGAAAGUCCUGCGGAAAGCGACGUACAAAGUCAAGAACGACGGCGAGAAGCUGCGGCAGAUGUGCACGGAAUUCGAUAAUAAAGAAGAGGAGUAUAAGAGGAGGAUUAGUGAGUUGGAGACUGAGGUGAAGAACGCCCAGAACGAGAAUACGAAGAGUCACGACCGUGCGAUUAGAGAGAUGGAAAAUAGGUUGGAGUUGACUUCUCAGAAGCUGGAGGCUGCCGAGAGGUAUAUGACGGCCAAGGAGGAGGAGUGCAAUAUGCUCAAGUUGGACCUCGACACGCUGAACGAGGAGAACAAGAGGCUGAAGGAGAAUCUUAACGAUUUGAUACUUGCGCAGAAGGAACUUACGGAAGUUAGUAGGCAGAAGACUUCCCUGGACGAGAAAUUUGCGAAGUUAGCUGAGGAACACAGAGUCCUGGCAGAGGACUUCAACAGGGAGAGAGUCCUCAGAAAGAAAUAUUAUAAUCAGGUUGAAGAGAUGAAGGGGAAGAUUCGCGUCUUUUGUCGAAUCCGCCCCGUCAACGAGGUGGAGCAAAGGCGGGACGGGGGCGAAAUGGUUACGGCAGUCGACGACGAGUUCACCGUCAGCCUCAACUCCCCUCGAGGUCAAAGGUCGUUCAUCUUCGACAGGGUAUUCCAGCCGAAGGAGGAUCAGGAAGCUGUCUUCCAGGAUACGAACGCCUUAGUCCAGUCUGCCCUGGACGGUUUCAAUGUCACCAUCAUGGCCUAUGGACAGACGGGAUCGGGGAAGACUUACACAAUGUUGGGGACGGAUUCAAACCCGGGCAUCGCACCCAGGGCGUUCCAGCGCCUUUUCCAGCUGAUCGAUGAGAAUAGGUCGAGGAACGACGUCCAAGUUGCUACUUACAUGCUGGAACUGUACAACGAUAAGCUGGUAGAUCUGUUGAAGCCUAUAGGUGGGGAGAACGACCGACUGGAGAUCAAACGGGACAAAAAAGGAGUCAUCCAUGUCCCAGGGGCAACGACUCGCAGCGUGUCCUCGGCGAGCGAACUCAGCCAGGCGUUCCAGGAGGGUCUGACCAACCGCCACACAGCCUCAACCAAGAUGAACGUCGAGAGUUCCAGGUCCCACCUCCUCAUCUCCGUCUGCCUGACGGUGACGUCCAAACAAACGGGGUCUGUUCUGAGGGGAAAACUGACCCUAGUUGACCUGGCGGGCAGCGAGAGAGUGAGCAAAAGCGGAGCUUCAGCGGACCAGCUGAAGGAGGCGAAUUCCAUCAACAAAUCUCUCUCCGCCCUGGGUGACGUCAUUUCCGCUCUAUCCUCCGAAUCGUCUUUUAUACCGUAUAGAAAUAGCAAACUGACGAUGCUUCUGCAAGACAGCCUGGGCGGAAACGCUAAGACGCUGGUCUUUGUCAACGCUUCUCCUUCUGCAUACAAUGCAGAGGAGACACUGGUAUCCCUCAUGUACGCAUCCAGAAUAAAGCAGAUUACAAACAACGUCAGCAAAAACGCCGAUAAUAAGGAAAUCAUACGAUUGAAAACUAUAAUCAGCAAAAUAAAGAAAGGAGAAGAGCUGGAGGAAGACAUAACUUGAUGGCCUCCACCUCCUAACCCCCAUUUCCUGGAGAUCUCGAAGAGCGAAGGUUUCUUUUUUAUAAAAAGAAUAAUCUUCUGUAAAUAAUUAUUACAUAAUUGAAUGAUUCGCCGUUUUUAGAUGGAGGUGGCCGAUACGCGUUUCCGUCGCGUAUCGACUUAUUCUGUGACUUGACCCCAUAGAGGCAAGUAGGGUGCUGAGUGGGCCUGCCCAAAAAUAAGGUCAUCCAGUUUAUAAAGAACAUUUCAUUGUCACCUGGUAUCCCUGUCUGUUAAAGGGGCAGUUCUUUAACAAAAUACUGUGAUUAUUUUUUUAUAUCUCGUAGCCUUCUAUGCCAGUUUUAUUUUUAUUUUGUUAUGCCAAAAUAAUUCUAUUACUCAAACUAGCAUGCUUACUGUGUCAAGCAUUACCUUAUUUGUUUUACAUGCUUUGUUUUAUUUACAAGACUUCUACAUACGAUCAUUAUGAAGUUGACAAUACCAACGAACGAAUUUCAACAUUGGAAUUGGUCACCGAGGACUUUGUAUUUCUCCUGAGCCAAUUACCAGCAUUGUGCAUAUAUAUAUAUAUA